AUGGAAAUAAAUUUAAAAUUAAACUCAUUAAUUUUUAAUGAAAUAUUACCAUAUCUAUCAUAUAAUAAUAAUUAUAAAAGAAUAUUAGAAUUAAGUUUAAUUUCAAAACAAUCAUUUCAAAUCAUUCAAAAUUUAUUAACUCAUAAAUUUAUCAUCAAACUUGAUCCAAAUAAUCUAAUAAACUCAAUGAAGAAAUCAAAAGAAAAUAACAAAUAUGAACUAUUUUUAAUAAAGUAUAAAGAGUUGGAAAGUAUCCAUUUCGAUCAUUGCAAUAUUUAUUCAAAAAAGAUAUUCAAAAAGAUCAAGAGUGAACUUUUAGAACAAUGUGAACAAUUAAAAAAAGUUAUUUUUAAAAAUGCUAAUGUUGAUACUCUGGAUGAGACCCCAACAUGUGAUAAUUUUUAUGAAUUUAGAGUUUUAGAUUUAUUUUGGAAUACAGAACAACCUCCAUUUUCAGACGAUCCCGAACAUCAAUUGGCCGCAUGUGGUGAAUUCUAUACAUUUAACUAUUCUUUUGAAUUUCUAUCAAGAUAUCCAAAUUUAAAGAAAAUCUCAAUAUCAACAAGUAAUAACUACAUAAAUAUGCAUUUAGAGGAUUUGGAUGGUAUUUUAAGAAAUUGUUAUAGUACAGUAGAAGCUAUUAAAUUUGACAGCCACAAUACACCCCAUGAUUUUGUUGGAAAAGUAAUAAACUCAAAAUCACCAGCAAUCAAAUCAUUCACUGUUAGACUGGGUAAUCGCAACACAAGUAAAUUGGUUGCAAAUUUAUUUAGAAAAUCAGAAAUCUCAACAAAUAAUACAUUAAAGGUGUUAAAAUUAAGACAUUAUUUGGAUUCUGCCACUUCAUAUCUUAACCAAGAGCCAACCGAAUUUUUAAAAACACUAAUAGGUAAUCAAACUUUAGAAAAAUUGGGUUUAGAAUUAUUCAAAGUAAGCAACUCGGAAAAACUAUCACCACUCAUCCAAGUACCAAAUAUUACAACAUUAAUAUGCAAUUUCGAAUCUUUUGAAACCUUUCUUUUACAUUGCAACGAAAAUCAUAAUAUCACCACUUUAAAAAUUGGUUGGGAUACUCGUUAUAACCCUUUUCUCCAUGAUUUCGAUGACAAUAAUGUUUUGGUAAAUGCAUUUUCAAAUUUCAUUAAAAAUAAUAAAUCAUCAUUACAUUCAAUUAUAUUUCCUAGAUUACCAGAUAAUAAUUUAAAAGAACUUAUCAAUAUAGAAAGAUUUUGUUCAUCUAUUACUUUGUAUUAUUAUAAAUAA